AUGGAUUGUUUACGUCGUUUCUUGCUCCGAUUCCCAUGGAUGUUCCCUGAAGACCUUGAAGCUAAUACACAAACGCCUCAGCCUCAGCGUUCUAACCCCGUCGACAUGGGACAGCAGAACCCUCCCGCGGGAGGAUCUCGAAAGAUCUCCUUCAAUGUAUCCGAUCAAUAUGAAAUCCAAGAUGUUAUUGGCGAAGGUGCCUACGGAGUUGUUUGCUCUGCCAUUCACAAGCCCUCGGGUCAGAAGGUUGCCAUCAAGAAGAUCACACCAUUCGACCACUCCAUGUUCUGCCUGCGUACACUGCGUGAAAUGAAGCUGCUGCGAUACUUUAACCACGAAAACAUUAUCUCCAUCCUGGACAUCCAACGACCCCGCAACUACGAGGGAUUCAACGAAGUUUAUCUGAUUCAAGAGCUGAUGGAAACAGACAUGCAUCGCGUUAUCCGCACACAAGAUCUCUCCGACGACCACUGCCAAUACUUCAUCUACCAGACCCUGCGAGCUCUCAAGGCUAUGCACUCCGCCAACGUUCUUCACCGAGAUCUCAAGCCCUCCAACCUCCUGCUCAACGCCAACUGCGAUUUGAAAGUCUGCGACUUCGGUCUGGCACGUUCGGCCGCUUCCACCGACGACAAUUCCGGAUUCAUGACAGAAUAUGUGGCUACGCGCUGGUACCGUGCGCCCGAAAUCAUGUUGACAUUCAAGGAAUACACCAAGGCCAUUGAUGUGUGGAGUGUCGGCUGCAUAUUGGCCGAGAUGCUGAGCGGGAAGCCUCUAUUCCCCGGAAAGGAUUAUCACCACCAGUUGACCCUUAUCCUGGACGUCCUUGGCACACCCACUAUGGAAGAUUACUACGGCAUCAAAUCCCGCCGUGCCCGUGAAUACAUCCGCUCCCUCCCCUUUAAGAAGAAGAUUCCCUUCCGUGCCCUCUUCCCCAAGAGCAACGAUCUGGCUCUGGACCUGCUCGAGAAGCUACUCGCUUUCAACCCAGCCAAGCGUAUCUCCGUCGAGGAUGCCCUGCGCCACCCCUACCUCGAACCAUACCACGAUCCCGAUGAUGAGCCAACUGCGCCACCUAUUCCCGAUGGAUUCUUUGAUUUCGACAAGAACAAGGAUGCGCUGAGCAAGGAGCAGUUGAAGGUCUUGAUCUACGAGGAAAUCAUGCGGUAA